GCCCUUUGAGCCAGGGGCCCUUCAGGUAGGAGGUGCUGGGUGACUUUGUAUGUCCGCAUUUUCGGUGUAGAGUGUUGCAGGCCUUUCAGGUUUGAUCUCAAGCUCUGUGGAAAUCAUGCUACGUCAAAUCAUCUCUCAGGCCAAGAAGCAUCCUAGCUUGAUCCCCCUGUUUGUCUUUAUUGGAGCUGGAGGUACUGGAGCAGCACUGUAUAUCACACGCCUGGCAUUGUUCAAUCCAGAAGUCAGUUGGGACAGAAAGAAUAACCCAGAACCCUGGAACAAACUGGGUCCCAAUGAUCAGUACAAGUUCUACUCAGUGAAUGUAGACUACAGCAAACUGAAGAAAGAAGGUCCAGACUUCUAAAUGAAAUAUUUCACUAUAAAGAUGCUUAAAAUGAAGGUCUUCCAGAAGCCAUCCACACAAUUUUCCACUUAACCAGGAAUUCUCUCCCUUUUAAAUACACAAAAUCAUGUUUGUGUAUUAUUGGGUUUAUACUGAUUAAUAAAUAUCUGAAAUGUG